GGAGACCUGCCGCUAGAAACACGGCCAGUCGGCACCUAACAGGAACGCACAUUCACGCUUUCCACACCAAGAACGGGGAUCCGUUUUUAGAGGCUCCCGCCGAAACAUCCCUCUGCAGUUCAGACCUGAAGUCACUCUGUGGAUGAUGGAUUGCUCAGAGGAGGUCCAAUCUGUUUCUGAAGAGCCCAGCGCUCAACUGGAGCUCAAAAAGGGAAUGUCCAUUUUCAUUGAUAUUUUGCGGAGGGCUGAUAAAAACGAUGAUGGAAAGCUGUCCUUUGAUGAAUUCAAGUCCUACUUCUCUGAUGGAGUUCUGACGGCUGAAGAACUGAAGGAACUCUUCCACAGAAUAGACACUCAUAACACAGAUAACCUGGACACAGAUGAGCUCUGUGAGUAUUUCUCACAGCACCUUGGUGAAUAUGAGAAAGUUCUUGCUGCUUUGGAGGACCUGAAUAUGUCCAUACUGAAGGCGAUGGAUAAAACUAAGAAGGAUUAUCAGGAGUCCACCCACCUGGAGCAGUUUGUGACCCGCUUUCUGCUGAAGGAGACAACCAAUCAGCUUCAUUCACUUCAAAGCUCACUCGAGUGCGCCAUGGAAACCACAGCCGAGCAGACUCGCCAGGAGAAACAGGGUCCGUUGAAGCCAGAGGUUUUGUCCAUCCAGCUGUCAGGCCGUCGCUCCAAUCGGAGGCUUCAGAGGAACAGCAGCCUCUCUCCCAACAACCCGCUCCUCAGUCUCAUCAACUCAGGUGUUUACGAUGAGGACAAUCAGUGGACAAUCCAGGUCAACAGGCUGCAAAAGCUUAUCGACCGUCUAGAACAAAAGGAGAUUCGGAUGGAGCCCGUUGAGGAGGAGAUUGUGGAGAGCAAAUCGCAUAUCCUGAUCGUCCAGAGGCAACUCUCCGUGCUCGAAGAGGAGGUGGAGGAGUUUCGUUUGGCUCUCAGACAGUACAUGGACUGUGCCUGCGCCCAAACUGGUUGUCUUCACAUUGCAGUUCAGCGGCUGGUAAAUGAGUCACGCUUUAUUCUGUACGAAUUCUGGGAGCACAACAACGUGUGGAAGAAUCACCUACAGACUAACUACAGUAAAACCUUCCAAAGGGGGAACGUAGACUUCCUGGAAACUCCUGAGAGUCUUACCACCAUGCUUGUUCCAGCCUCGUGGUGGGUCCUCAACAAUAACUGAAAAUAAAACAGCACCCUUCACUGGUCGUCACUGAUGGGUGUGAGGAGCGAACGGUCACCCGUCAACCCAUCAGGAAGUCCACAGCAGCACUGCACACACACACAUACGCACACUGAUACAACUCGUGAAGUCAUGGUGAUUAGUAUUUCUUACCUCCAUGUUCCUUCAUAGUUUGGUGGUAGCUGAAAUCGCCCACGCGUGUGUUCGUUGACACUCCUAGACGAGGCUCUGUCGUCCCUAAAAAGCAAUGAUCUCAUUAGGAAACGCUCCAUCUGGUGAUCUGACGUCAUCACCGUGUUUGUCGUGACAUCACCAAAAGUCCAGAGUAGUCAAUGAGAGUUUAAACACGUCUAUGUGCGAACGUGUUGGGAGAAUGUGUGUGUGUGUAAAGCUGUGUUUGUGAGGACUUGAGCUUAACAAAUGGGAGGUUAGGGAAGUUUGGGGGAGUGAGAACACUCUUGGUUUGGGGCUACACUGAGGACUAAAUUAGGUUUUAUUUUUUGUUGUUCAUUAACUUUGUGAGGGUAUUAAAGACUGAAAUUCUCACGAAUAAAUUAAUGUGUGUGUGUGUGUGUGUGUGAAAGAGGCAGAAUAGAAAUAAUG